AUGCGUGCAAACACUCUCGGCCAUGCGGGGGGUGAUGGCCCUUCCGUUGCUCCGGGGAAGCUCACACUUGGGCCGCAUCUCCUCCCGUGCGCCCCCCCUGCUGGCGUCUCGCUGUCUGUGAGAACCAUUUGUCCGAAGCGAUCGACCCCGAGGUUAUCCCCCGGCGCGUCGGACGGACUGGGGGAGAUUACCCCCUACCCGCACUCGGCUCACCCCGGGACCCUGGGGAUUGGGAUGCUAGGAGAUCUGGGACUUGGCCUUGGCCUAGUUGCCUCCAUAGCGUCAUCCCCUUUCCCCCGAUGUCAUGGCAGACCAGCGUGUGAUCUCCCCCAGAAACCCAGAAACCAGAUCCUUGGCCCGAACCCCUCCAAACCCACCAAGCAGAGGCCAGAAGAAUACCAAGAUCGCCCGGAACCCGACACCGGCAUCCCACAGCUGCAGCUCCUCCGAUCGUCACGGGUGCGGGGUGGGGGGGGGGGGGGAUGA